CGCCACGCGCGAGUACGCAACGCGACGCGGGCGAGGGAGGCGGGGAGAAAACAACCGAGCCGAUGGUGCCCAGUCCCCAACCCCACCGAUCGGAUCGGCAAAUUUCCCCUCGUCUCUCCUCUCCUCUCCCCGCAGAUCCCCCACCCCCACCCCACCGGGCCACCACCACCACCAGCAGCAGCAGCGGCAGCAGGAGCGCACGCGCGCACCCGCGGUGAGUCCAGGGCUCUCUCUCUCCCCCCCAGGCGCGCCGUGCCGCGCGCGUGUGAGCGACGGGGCGCCGCCAUGGCGGAGUGCCGCAGCCUGAUCGAGUUCCUCCGGGCGUUCGAGCACCACCGCAGGGCGGCGGACAACGCCGCGGCGGCGUGCUCCUCCCGAUCCAGGCGGGCCUCCUCCUCCUCCUCGCCGGCGUCGUGCGGGUCGCUCACGGCCUUCUGCGACCACUCGCCGAUGGCGGCGGUCGACGCGGUCGUGCUCCUCGCCGUGGUCGCCGCGCUCGGGUUCCUCGUGGUGCCGUACGCGAAGAUGGUGCUCCUCGAGAUGGGCGCGCUGCUCCACCCGGCCGCGUCGUGCCUCUCCGUCGCCGCCUUCGCGGGGGCCGCGGGGGCCGCGGUGGCCGUGGCGGCGGCGGUGCUCGCGUGGGAGAUGGUGGGACACCACGCUCGCAAGUGCGGCAAGCCGCGCUGCAGGGGCCUGAAGAAGGCCGUCGAGUUCGACAUCCAGCUCGAGACGGAGGAGUGCGUGCGCGGCCACCCGGCUCCAGCGGCGCGAUCGGCUCUGCUCGCGGCCGCGGGGGCGCGCCCCGUGGAGAUCGGCGACGCGCACAAAGAGCUCGAGGCCGAGCUCCGCAAGAUGGCGCCGCCCAACGGCCGCACCGUGCUAAUCUUCCGCUCACCCUGCGGGUGCCCCAAGGGUCGCAUGGAGGUCUGGGGCGCCAAGAAGGUGCGCCGGAUCAAGAAGUAGAUAAGAGAAGGAUCACAUGGUUACUACUAGUUACCUGCUGUUCCUUCGCAGUACUAAUAAGUAGCAGCUGAAAUAUAAGAUGCAUCCUUUCGUAAUUAGUACAGGGAGAGGAAAUAAAGGGAUGAUAGUAAUACUAGCCAAUACCAGAUCAUAGAUUAUAGAAUAUGCGAUGCAGAGAGGAUGACUGCGCAUAAACAUAUAUCCUUACUUGUUCCAUGGUUUCCUUGAGAAUCUGGAUAAAUAGUCUUACAAAGAUAC